AUGGAUACAGAAGAUUUGGAAUUGACAGAAAACUACAGUGUUGAUUCAAAAAUCCUUGCUCUUUCACACCCUCCCUCUGUUAAUAUCACUUUCUCUCUCUCUCUCUCUCUUUUUCUUUUAUCUUUUUUCUUUUACUUGCUUAUACUUUUUGUAUCAUUCUCUCUCCCCAAUUCUCUUUCUUUUUUCUUUUUAAUGUUAUUUAUCUUUACUUUUCCAUUCUUUCUUCAUUUCUUUCUUAUUUAUUUAUUUUUUCAAUCAUUUCUUUUUAUUCUCUCACUUUCUUUAUUCCUCUCUCUCUUUUUCUUUUUCUCUCCUAAACAUUUUCCCUUUAUUUAUUUCUUCUCUUUCUAUCUAUCUAUAUAUAUCUAUCUUCCCUCAGUUUUUUCUUUCUUUCUUUCUUCCUCUCUCCUCACUUACCCACUCUUUUCAUUCUUUUCUUUCUUUCUUAUUUUUUCAUUCUUUUUGUUAACUUUCUUCUUUACACUCUCUCUCUCUCUCUCUCUCUUUUAUUUACCCUCAUUUAUCCUGACCAUAACAGGCCUUACUUCCAUGAAGUCUCAGUUGUCGUUUUUUUUUUUUUGUUUUAUCCGCUCUCAGGUGAAAAAUACCCCAGAUCAGAUUCUGUGCGAUUUUUGGCCUUUCUUAGUGAAAUGCCAUCAAACCAAAUUCUUGAAAUUCUUCUGCAAAGGUAAGAAUUUGUUUAUAUCUUAUCUGAGUAAGCAGAGGUGGUUUUUUUUAUUCGAAAUAGCCACUCCCACCCAAACAACAUCCCUCCCCUUCCCUUCCAAACAAACCAUUGAUUUACCGAAUUGGUAUCUGUUCUUACUUUUCUUCUGA